AUGUUAGUUGGUAUAAGUGGUACGAAGUUUUGUGGAUGCGAAGACGUAAUUAACCUAUUGGUCGAUCAUUUCCAUUUUGAAUUACUUGAUCAUCUGGAUAAUCCAGAUGAGAUCUUAGAUUAUGCUACCAAAAAUUACACAGAGAAUUCAGUUAUAUUUCUAGAAAAAUUAUCGUUAUUGGAGAAAUUGGAAAAGAGGCCGUUCUUCGUCCAUCUUUCUAUCGACGCUUCGAUCACUACAAGAGUAGCAUUAUACAGGAAAGUGAAUAAUGCGGAAAGCUUGCCAUUAGGACAAAUAGUUCAAGCCAUUGAUCAACACGACUUUCAACCGGAAGGCAUCAAAUUAAGGGAGAAAUCGCAUCUGAAAUUCAAAAUAGUUAAUGAGGACCAUGUCAAGAGGAGAAAGAGCUUGAUUAGUAACAUCACCACUCAAUUAAAGAUUCUCGAUAACAAAAAGAAGGAAAUGGCUCCAUUAAUGAGGCCUAGUUGGGAUAGCUACUUUAUGAAGCUAGCCACACUAGCAGCAUCUCGUUCCAAUUGCAUGAAGCGUAGAGUUGGUUGCGUGAUUGUGAGGGAAUGCAGAGUCAUCGCCACUGGUUAUAAUGGGACGCCCCGACAUUUAACAAAUUGUUUCAAUGGCGGUUGCCCACGUUGCAAUGACGGUGAUUCUAGAAACCUGCACACUUGCCUAUGUUUACAUGCAGAAGAGAAUGCGUUACUAGAAGCUGGCAGGGAUCGUGUAGGUCAAAAUGCGACUUUAUAUUGUGAUACUUGCCCUUGCUUAACAUGUUCUGUGAAGAUUGUCCAAACAGGCAUCAGCGAAGUGGUUUACAGCCAAACUUAUAGGAUGGAUGAGGAAAGUUUCAAAGUCUUGAAGAAUGCGGGGAUCACUGUACGGCAAUUCAGCUUUAUGGAAGAGCCAAGAAUAGUAAUGGUUUAA